UUAGCAGAUUAUGCCCCCUGGCGGCCAGGUAGAGGUAUUGACCGGCCGCUAUAUCCAGCCUCACUUGUGCCCCAGCAAGUCCAGUGUAAGGUACAGGAGUUUCAUUAAGAAAGUCCGCUGUUUUCUAGUUGGCUGGGAACUGAACAGUCCCCACUAUGGAAGAUGGUUAUAUGAAAACCUGGGAGGAGUGCACCGCACACUUCCAGGUCGAUGAGGAGAGAGGUCUCUCCCCAUCCCAAGUUGAGGCAAACAAGAAGAAAUACGGACUUAACGAGCUCCCAGUAGAGGAGGGAAAGACACUUUGGGAGUUGAUUCUUGAACAGUUUGAUGAUCUUCUUGUUAAAAUUCUUCUACUCGCCGCUAUCAUUUCAUUCAUUCUGGCAUUUUUUGAAGAUGACGAUUCUAUCACUGCUUUCGUCGAACCUUUCGUUAUUCUACUUAUCCUUAUCGCUAACGCCAUUGUCGGUGUUUGGCAGAACAGAAAUGCUGAGUCCGCUAUUGAGGCCCUCAAGGAGUACGAGCCCGAGAUGGGCAAGGUCAUCAGGUCCGACAAGGACGGUGUCCAGAAGAUCAAGGCUGUUGAGAUGGUUCCCGGAGACAUUGUCGAGAUCUCUGUCGGAGACAAGGUUCCCGCUGAUUUCCGUUUAAUCAAGAUCUACUCCACCACCCUCAGAAUUGACCAGUCCAUUCUGACUGGAGAAUCUGUAUCUGUGAUCAAGCACACCGAGCCCAUCCCCGAUCCCAGGGCCGUCAACCAGGACAAGAAGAACAUUGUUUUCUCUGGAACCAAUGUGGCUGCCGGCAAAGCUCGUGGUAUUGUUAUCGGUACCGGUCUUAACACCGCUAUUGGUCGCAUCAGGACUGAGAUGGUUGAGACUGAAGAGAUGAAGACUCCCCUGCAAGAGAAGCUUGACGAGUUUGGAGAACAGCUCUCCAAGGUUAUCACACUUAUCUGUAUUGCUGUCUGGGCCAUCAACAUUGGACACUUCAAUGAUCCCGCCCAUGGAGGAUCCUGGAUAAAGGGAGCCGUCUACUAUUUCAAGAUUGCCAUUGCUCUUGCCGUCGCUGCCAUUCCCGAGGGUCUGCCCGCUGUCAUCACCACCUGUCUUGCUCUUGGUACCCGUCGUAUGGCUGCCAAGAACGCUAUUGUCCGUUCCCUACCCUCUGUUGAGACCCUUGGAUGCACCUCUGUUAUCUGCUCUGACAAGACCGGAACACUUACAACCAACAUGAUGUCCGUCUGCAAGAUGUUCACCAUCAAGGACGAGUCCAACUUUGAGGAGUUUGAAAUUUCUGGAUCCACAUACGAACCCAUUGGAGAAGUUUUCCAGGGAGGCAAGAGAAUCAAGGGAAGCGACUUUGUUGCCCUAGAGGAAAUCUCAACCAUUUCUAUCAUGUGCAACGACUCCGCCAUUGACUUCAACGAGUUCAAAAACCAGUUCGAGAAGGUCGGAGAAGCCACCGAGACCGCUCUCAUCACCCUCGCCGAGAAGAUAAACCCCUAUUCCUGUUCCAAGAGCGGAGGCCGUCUUGAAGUCGCCAAGGUUGUCCGUAAGGACAUGGAGUCCAAGUGGAGCAAGGACUUUACCCUGGAGUUCUCCAGAGACAGGAAAUCUAUGUCCAGCUACUGCACCCCCAAGAAGCCCACCAGACUCGGAAACGGACCCAAAAUGUUCGUCAAGGGAGCACCCGAGGGAGUCCUUGAUCGUUGUACCCAUAUCCGUAUUGGAGCUGAGAAGAAACCUAUGACCGACAAGAUGAGGCAAAAGAUCAUGGACCGUGCUAUUGAAUACGGAACUGGACGCGACACUCUCCGUUGUCUGGCUCUUGCCACCAACGACAAUCCUGUCAACCCUAGCACCAUGGAUCUCGUGAACGCCGGCAAGUUUGUCGAGUACGAGGUCGAUCUCACCUUUGUCGGUGUUGUUGGUAUGUUGGAUCCCCCCAGGAUUGAGGUUAAGCCCGCCAUUGUUACCUGCCGCAAGGCUGGUAUCCGUGUUAUCAUGAUCACCGGAGACAAUAAGAACACCGCUGAAGCUAUCUGCAGACGUAUUGGCAUCUUCACAGAGGAUGAGCGUACUGAUGGUAUGGCGUACUCUGGCCGCGAAUUUGAUGAUCUGUCCCCACAUGACCAGAAGAUGGCUGUUGCUAACUCAAGAAUGUUCGCCCGUGUCGAACCCUUCCACAAGUCCAAGAUCAUUGAGUAUCUGCAAUCCAUGGGAGAGAUCUCUGCUAUGACCGGUGACGGUGUCAAUGACGCCCCUGCCCUCAAGAAGGCAGAAAUUGGUAUCGCUAUGGGAUCAGGAACUGCUGUUGCUAAGUCCGCCUCUGAGAUGGUUCUUGCUGACGAUAACUUCACUUCUAUUGUUGCCGCUGUUGAGGAGGGCCGAGCCAUCUACAACAACAUGAAGCAGUUCAUCAGAUAUCUGAUUUCCUCCAACAUUGGAGAGGUCGUCUCCAUCUUCCUCACCGCUGCUCUUGGUCUCCCUGAAGCUCUUAUCCCCGUCCAGCUCCUAUGGGUCAACCUGGUCACUGACGGUCUGCCCGCUACUGCUCUGUCCUUCAACCCCCCAGAUCUUGAUAUUAUGGACAAACCUCCCCGCUCUGCCAACGAGACCCUCAUCACCCCCUGGUUGUUCUUCAGAUACAUGGCUAUUGGUACCUAUGUUGGUGCUGCUACUGUAGGAGGAGCUGCCUACUGGUUUAUGUAUGAUCCUACCGGACCCCAGAUGUCCUUCUACCAACUCUCUCAUCACAUGCAGUGCUACGGAUCACCUGAGGACUUCAAGGGGAUCUCUUGCGAGAUCUUCCAGGCCCCUGAAGCUAUGACCAUGGCCCUGUCCAUCCUUGUCACCAUUGAGAUGGCUAACGCUCUCAACUCCUGCUCAGAAAACCAGUCUCUUGUUGUCAUGCCUCCAUGGUGCAACAUCUGGCUUAUUCUUGCCAUGGCUCUCUCCUUCUCUCUUCAUUUCCUCAUCCUCUAUGUAGAUUUCCUCAAUGUUGUGUUCAACAUCACCCCCCUGUCCAUUGAGCAAUGGAUCACCGUGAUGAAGUUCUCCCUCCCUGUCAUACUACUCGACGAGCUUCUCAAAUGCGUCGCCAGGAACUACGCCGAUGUUGAGAAUAUUGGUAUGACCAAGAAGAAGACCCUCUAAUUAUUCAAUAUUAACUAACCCCCCCCCCCCUCUCUUCAACCACCCCUAGACAUCCUCUCAACUGUAACCCUCAACCUUAUCAGGAACAUAUUGGCUUGGAUUACUGCAUGCGAUUGAAGGGCCCAGAAAGAAAAACGUCUAAAUUUCUUCUGAUUAAAGAGCUGCUGGCAUGAAGUAAACAACUUACAACAUGUACUGCAACCGUACUGCCCUUGUACCGGUCAAAAAUGUAAACUCUUGACCUAGUAUUCAAACCUUAAAAAUCCAAACCCCUUGUUUACCAAAAACCCCGUAGAAUUGUACCAAAAAAUCCCCCAGUCAACUUUUUUAAAACAUCGCAAAAGUUUUAAAGAAAAUUCCAAGUUUUCCCUUCUUAAAUCUGGCUGUUAUCUUUUUCUUCUCUUUAUCUUUUAUUGAAUCAAUUAAUAUGUUAAAAAUUAAUUAUAUAUUGUUAUGUUUUAAGUUUUUGCAACUAUUCGAAUGUCUUCCAAAGAAUGAACGAGAUGGAUGUCAUUGUUUCUUAAAAAAUGUAUUUAAGUUCCGAAUUUUUAAAAUGACCCUCCAUCGGUCAAUGCAAUCCAAUUAGAAAAAGACAUAUUUCCUAAAUAAACCAGUCCUUGCUCAGUACUUUUUGGCUCAAUUCUUUUCUUAAUCAGCCAUACUGGCGCGAUUAAAGACAGAGUGAGGUAAAAACCUGAAGCAACGGGUUUUAAAAAGUUCUGACAGAUUUAGAAUAUAUUAUCUUGUCUUGUCAAUUCAAGUAGAAUAAAUUAUAGCUUAAACCUGA